GGGGCAAGACAUAACAUUAUGGGACACUGGAACGCUUUGUUAGGCACUUUAGUAAAAGUAACCUAAUUGCACUAAUCACCUUCAGAUUAGGCUAUGUCCAAGCGCUGCAUUAUAGUAUUUUACAAAAAGUCAGUCCUCCUCUGACUGCUCUUCACGGACAGCGAUAGUCAUCCAAGGUUCGCUCAAUCUGUUCUCGAUCGCGUCAUUUCUACCGUGGUCGAUAAUACGCCCAUCUCUUUACCUUGACUCAAGACUGUCAAUGCCGACAGCUACUCAGAUUCAGUGAAAUUGGUUUGUAAAAAUUUGUCUGCAAAAAAUUGAACACUUUUUCCUUCAAGAUGCACGUUCUCGUCGGCGUCUCGCAGAUUUUGGCAACUCUUAUGUUCCACUUGGCACCUACUCAGACUUCUCACUCCCCAGUGGAACCACACUCUAGAGUGAUGCUGUUCCGGGAGGUUUUGGGGCGGAGUUUGUGUCGUUCGAUGGAGCGAUUGGUGGAGGUGGAGCAGGAGUACCCUGGAGGGGUGGAAUAUAUUUUUAGCCCUGCCUGCGUGCCCCUGUGGCGAUGCGCUGGUUGCUGUGGAGACGAGAACCUGGAGUGUCACCCCACCCUCACACGUAACGUCACCAUGCAGGUGGGGGUCACUUUGUGUCAGGAGGCCACAUGUUGCCUUGGGCUACCCUCUUCCAACCUUAAAGAGAUAUAUGCUCCGGUAAAACACCCAAUGUCAGUCCACAGCUUUGAGCGCAUGGACACCUCAAUGCAUGUGUUUGUGUUGUCCUCUGUGUGUUUGUAUGUGUGUCAGUUGAUGAGGAUAACUCCGACUGAGAGGACAGGGCAGUACGUGGAGCUGACGUUUGUGGAGCAUCAGACCUGUGAGUGCAGACACAGGGAGAUGCAUUUGAAUGAGAGCAGUCCCAGAGUCAGGAUCCAUCCCAGGAGGAGGAAGCACAGGAAGAGAUCCAAAGACUGUGGCAAGUGUCAGCACCCACACAGUUAGUAGGAUACUUGGAUCCCCGUCCGCUGUCCAAUCACCACUCAGCUGUGGAAUGAAGACAGCAUAGGGGGAAUCCACACACCUACUUGUUUACCUCCCAGAUACACAGAUGCCUCAACUCAUUGUCCAUGAAAAUACACUAACCCCAAACUGCAAUUUAUACCAGAGUAAUAACAACUUUAGUUUUCUGAUACUGGAUACCCAAUAUCAGCCUUGAGAAUACUUUUACACGGAUGAUUUCCCACUGUAAUAGCAGAUACAGUAGUUCCACCUCAUGAACAUAGAGGAGAUGGACAGAGGGGUGGCAGGACAGGAGAUAACCAAUCGCCAAGGGACAAAGGGACUAAGCCGCACCUUACAGGCAGUGUUCUUGAAAAGCAGUUGGCCAAUAAAUGUAUUUAGCUUCAAUCGAGUAUGGAACAACAACGAAGAAGGCUAAAACAGAUGCAGAAUGGGUGUGGACUGAACUCGGGAGAGAACGGACACCUUCACAGUAUACCUCUCCCCAUGAUGAUGGCAUUGAGUAUGGAACAACAACGAAGAAGGCUAAAACAGAUGCAGAAUGGGUGUGGACUGAACUCGGGAGAGAACGGACACCUUCACAGUAUACCUCUCCCCAUGAUGAUGGCAUUGAGUAUGGAACAACAACGAAGAAGGCUAAAACAGAUGCAGAAUGGGUGUGGACUGAACUCGGGAGAGAACGGACACCUUCACAGUAUACCUCUCCCCAUGAUGAUGGCAUUGAGUAUGGAACAACAACGAAGAAGGCUAAAACAGAUGCAGAAUGGGUGUGGACUGAACUCGGGAGAGAACGGACACCUUCACAGUAUACCUCUCCCCAUGAUGAUGGCAUUGAGUAUGGAACAACAACGAAGAAGACUAAAACAGAUGCAGAAUGGGUGUGGACUGAACUCGGGAGAGAACGGACACCUUCACAGUAUACCUCUCCCCAUGAUGAUGGCAUUGCAUGAGAGAAUGGUCUGAACUGAAGUGCAUGAUCAAAGGGAGGGAUGGACAUACUGUAGGUUAUAUCAAGACCUGUAAUGUUUAUAUCUCUUAACUUUCAUCAGACAGAGAAGAAUAACAAAUCCACAUGGAUUCCACUGUAUUAUAUAUGAAAAUGAAAUAUAUUCAAAUGUAAAUAAGUUUAUAGCGAUCAGUGUAUCAGAAACGGCAUCUGGGAAUUACAUUUUGAGUUGUUCAUGUUAGAAUUACAUCUUUGUCUUGGGAGUGUGCUGUGUUCAUUUACUGAGUGUCAUGAUGUGUCUGACUGACUCUCUUGAAAAGGAGUAAAUAUAAGAUUUUCCUCAGGUGGGUCGUUUCGAUUGUGUGUGUGUGUCCUGAUGCCGCCCCUUGAAAACUAGUAUGUCAUGGAACAGCACACUAUGGUCUCACAUCACUGAUUCCCCAUAAAUGCCAGGUUUCCACUCGUUACCACAAACAUAAAGUCAAAAUUAGCUAUAUCGUGAAAAUUAAUGAAAACAAAAAUGUGCUUUAUGGUCAGGGUUAGUCCUAAAGUUAGGAUUAGGCAUAAGGUUAGCAGUGCGGUUAGGUUUAUGGUUACAUUUCUAACAAAUUGUAGAAAUUAGCGGGGUUUUUGCCUUUGUAUCUGUGGUAACUAGUGGUAACUAGUGACGGCCGAAAUGCCGGUACUGUGCAACCUAAGACGUUUAUAACUAAACCAAGACAGACCACAGCCUGUCUUUUCAAACGGAAACAAAUUAGACAUCGUGAGAAGAACAAGCAAGGAUGUGGCCAGAGUCGAGCACAAGCUGAGAUGAUAUUGGCUCGUUCUAGAACAUAUCUGCAUAUUUCCAUUAGGGGACGCCUCCUUUGUACAUUCUCCUUUGCACUCCUU